UCGAAUAUAUAAUCAAACACUAUUCAAAUUGUAGUAUCCAAUGAGUUUACAAAAUCCGGGAAGUGGCUUAACUCCAUGACCACAUUUAUUUACGUCCCCCACACCGACCUAAAGGAAUCAAAAACACAAAAAAAAGUUUCCACGCGUUUAAACCCUCGCCUGCAAUUACAUAUCAAUUUGCACGCUUUCGACGCCAAUUAGGCGAUUUUCUUUUACAAUAGUUUGGAUUCUGGAGCACAUGUAAUAUUUAUGUACCAGUUCCAUUUACAUUAGGAUUAGGAGCAUUCGCAAUAUUAUUAUCAAUAGUUUUGUAGAUUCAAUGAUGAUAAGUACUUAUCACACGGAUAAUGCCGUGGUAAAACUGAACAAAAUGAGACAAAAUUUAAGGUAGAUAAAAUGGACUCAUUUUCCCUCAACCGACCGGGAAUAUCCGGGAAAAAAUUUUCUUUCAUCUUUCGUUUCGUCAUUGUCAGUCAUUCGUUGUGUUUUCAGUUCUCAGAUUUCAACAAAACAUUAAUUAAAAAUUAAUCAAAAUAAAUAAAAAGAUUUUAUUUCCCAAAAAAUUUAUUACUUAACAAUGGCCAAUUUCGAUGGUGAACUGCUGAGCAGAACCUUCAAAAAUGUGUCGUACUGUUUCUGUCGUCGUUGCUGCAUAUUUGAGAGUGACAGAUCGGAAGAGUUACCAAGUUUUAUUCGACAAUAUGGGGGCAAGUUGUGGAAACCAUUCGCAAUUCUACCAAACAUUGAAGGUCAAAAGUUUACAAUUGGAGAGACUUUCACCAGUCGGAAAAAACAGGGGGAAUUCAUUUUCUGGAAACGUCCCAUGAAGGACCAACUAAAUAUUAUGGCAGAUGGAAACUUACCAGUUUGUGAGAUCACCUGCGAUGAAAAUAAGUACUGGGUCACACCUUUGUUAUCGGGGGGGGAGGUCGUUGCCGUGAAUGAUAUCGCAAUUCAGGACAGUACAGAGCUCAAAUUUGGCGACUAUUUAUCCCUGGGAGUUCCUGCCACUCCGGACAAAUUCGAAAAUUGGAAACGCACCCAGACUAACUUUUUCCCUUUUCCUACUACUGAAAACGAGCAUGCCAUCCCUGAAUGCCCUACUGCCUGGGCGAACAAGGAAUUGGAUGCUUUUAAGAAUACUCUUCGUUUAUUUUUGCUAUUCCAGAGGAGAGAAUAUGACUUUGAUUUGUUCUGGAAGAGGGAGCUUGAAGAGAAAAGGAAGAAAACGAGCAAGAACGACAGCGACGAUGAUGACCUCGAUGUGGAACAUGUCGAGAAGACAGAAGCAGGCUUUACUCCACAGUUGGACGAAUUGGCAGUGUCCCACAUUUUGUCAUAUCUUCCGCUAAAUGAUGUGAAAAAUGCACGUUUCCUCUCAAGAGUUUGGAAUCAAGAAGCUCUCCGCCUCAUUAAAAAGAAGGGUCUCGUAAAAUUAGAUUUUUCAUUCGGUUACCAAAAAUUGGACGAUUCCACAAAACUGCUCCGCUACAAUCACGAAAUGGAGGUCAAUCCAAUCCCACACUGGCGAAUUACUAUCCCUUCUAUCGGCUUGGAUGAAGAUUGGCACGAGGUUCACCCAUCGCAGGGAGGAAAAAUCAUCGCAGAUCUCCAUUGGUUUCUUGGAUUGAGGACGCACAACGUCACAACGUUACAACUUGGAGGAACUAUUGCGUCUAAAUUUGACUAUAAAACGCAAGUCAAAAUUUUGCGAAGGUGUCCAACCCAAACUAUUCAGUAUUUCGAGUUGGGCUGGACCUGGCGUACGGUUAAGACAUCUGGAAGACGGUAUAAAUUUCCGUCCAGUAUUAAAUUCACCAACUUGAAAACGAUCGCCUUCUCGAUGGACGAUGGGGACUAUCGCGGUGAUCACAGUGAGGAUUAUUCUUCCCUGACCCCCUUGUUGACCCCACUGAUUUCCGCCGUCAAAGGAGUACGCGUGCUCAUUCUGGACUGCCCCUGCUCCCCACUUUUGGGAACAUUUUAUGACCUGGCUCAACCAUUUUGGAACUUGGAGGAAAUUACCAUUAAAGAAACCCUUACUCUUAAAGGGCUAAAUUUUCUCAAUAAAUUAAAGAAACCCCUAAGAAAAAUGACUCUUGGGAGAUUUGAAUAUGUGGAAUCAGCACAAUACCUCGAAUUUGGACGACUUCUUCGGAAACAUUCCCAGACUUUGACCUCAUUAGAGAUUACGCUCGGAAAUUGGGUAAACAGUAAUACGGUCCUUAAUCUGCCAAUUUUUCCUUCGCUCAAAGAACUUCACAUGUGGAUGGAUUUUUGGUGCCAUGAAGAUGAAACGUUUAAAAUUAAGUUGUCAUUCGACGGGGAUGAUGUCAUCUCGUACUCCAAGCAUUUUCCUUCACUUCAAACCUUGGAGUUAGGAGAGGACGAUCCUGGUAUUGUUGUGGAUGCCAACGAAAAGAAUGAGCUUGAUCUUUUGGAUAUAUUUUUUCCCCUCGGACAUGGAGUAGAUGGCGAUGCAGGGUUUCAAGUUUGCAAAACUUUGCGACAUCUCGACCUACCGGCUGAAGCAACUUUGGAAUCCGGUCAGAUUUUUGCCAGAGUAGGGAAAAUUGCAAGAAUGUUCCCGAAUGUUCUCAACCCCUGGAUCAACAAGGCUCGAGAAUCAUCUGAGAAUCCGACUGAGCAAGUUUCUUCAAAUUAAAUUAACGGAAAUGGGUUGAUUGAUUAUUUACCGACACGAAUUUUUAUGGACGGAGUCGACUCCAUGAUUUUUUUAAAAUUAUUUAUUUAUUGUAUAAUUUUUAUGUUUCAAACGCGCAAUAAUUUUUUUUACAAGUUUUUCAUCAAUUGGAAAGGAUUGAUUUUGUUACCAUUUUUUUGUCUUUUUGUGGCUGGAUUGUUAGGUUAUUGUUGAUAUUUAUUUAGAAAUGGAAUAAUUUAUAAAAAUGUUGAAUUUCUAAACUUAUAUGCCUUCUCGGCUUUUUUUGUUUGGAAUUAAAUUUUGAAUUGUUUACUUACAUAUAUAUAAA